AUUAAAAUGACAGGUCAUUGCUACUUUAUAAAUCUGUAGUUUUAUAAUGUGACAAUUUUUCUCGUGACUGAUAAUGCAGUAACUAAAGUACAUUGAUAAGCAUUUUUUUUUUCUUUUUUUCUGAACGAAAAUACUUUCGUAUAUUUUGACGUGCAAGAAUUUUUUACCUAAGAAAACAUGUCUCGAGAAGAUCAACAAAUUUUAAAACAAUUUUACAAUUGUUGGGUUUUACGCAAUGGAAAGAUUUUAAACGAGGAUUUAUGGGUUCGCGAUGGGAAGAUUGUUGAUCCAGAAAAAAUUUUUUACGAUGAAAAAAUUAAACCGCAUGUAAGAAUCGAUUGCAACGGAGCAUUAAUUUCUCCUGGAUAUAUAGAUCUUCAAAUUAAUGGUGGUUUUGGAAUAGAUUUUACACAUAAUAUUAACAAUGUACAGGAAGGAAUUAAUAAAGUAGCCAAAAGAUUGCUAGAAUUUGGUGUAACAUCAUUUUGUCCAACUCUGGUUACGUCGCCCAGUGAAACAUAUCAUAAAAUAUUACCAAACAUUAAGAAGACAAAAGGUGGAAGACACGGUGCAGCUGUAUUAGGAGUUCAUUUAGAAGGACCUUUUAUUAGCUCAAGUAAAAAGGGAGCUCAUUCAGAGAAUUAUAUAAAACAAUUUGAAAAAGGUUUCAAGUCAUUAACUGACAUGUAUGGAAGUCUAGAAAAUGUGUGUCUUGUAACAUUGGCACCUGAACUUCCUAAUGCUCAAUCCGUGAUUACAGAAUUGUGCAAGAGAAAUAUUACAGUUUCUCUUGGACACUCUGUUGCAAAUCUGAAAGAAGGUGAAGAAGCUGUGAAGAGUGGAGCAUCUUUCAUUACUCAUCUUUUUAAUGCAAUGUUACCAUUUCACCAUAGAGAUCCAGGAUUAGUUGGUCUUUUGACAUCUGAUCAAGUUCAUCCUGGAAAAACUAUCCAUUAUGGUAUAAUUGCAGAUGGAAUUCAUACUCAUCCAGCAGCAUUGCGUAUAGCUCAUAGAACUCACCCUAAAGGCCUUGUUUUAGUUACUGACGCACUAUCAGCGCUAGGAUUACAAGAAGGUGUAUAUCAAUUAGGACAGCUUAAAAUCGAAAUGCGCUCAGGACGUGCAUAUAUUGCUGGAACAAAUACAUUGUGUGGCAGUACAGCAGAAAUGUCGAAGUGUGUCCGUCAUUUCAAAGAAGUAACAGGAUGUUCUAUAGUAGAAGCUUUAGAAGCUGCAACUCUCCAUCCAGCAACAACUCUAGGUAUUGAAAAAACUAAAGGAGUCUUAAAUUAUGGAGCUGAUGCUGAUAUAGUAAUGUUAAAUAACGAUUUAGAACUAUUGUCAACAUGGAUAUCGGGAGAAUGUGUACACUGCAAUUACAAAUGCAAUGAGCAUUGUCAGUAAAGUAUACUAUAGUGGAUAGUGGAAUUAAUUUUACAAAAUAAUUAGGGAAAAGUGUGGUUUAUCCGUAAAGCUAUAUUAAUUUUA